AUCUGAGUGUGACUGGCUGGGGGAAGGACGCGAAGCGUGGGGUUACUGGCUUCUGCUGUCAUUAGAAUAAAGCUCCCGGGUCCCUGCUCAGGUCAUCGCCGUCUCUCCCAGGCCUCUGACAGAAAUGCCGCUCAGACACCUCGUGGGAUGGAGCCGGCACAAGGUGAUUCCUGCGCGCCACAUGCUCGGCCGGGCAUGGAUGAGCGGCGCCUUGCCGCAGGCUGACGCUGUGCCCCGAGACAUCUUCCGGACCAUCGAAAGUGACCCGGACCGCCAUACGGAGCACCAUGAAGCUCAGUAUUACUCCAUCCCCUCGCAGGAGCUUAAGGUGGUCUUCCCACAGGGUUUGCCGUACCGCUACCAGUUACAGUGCAAGACCUUCAAUGAAGCGUGUCUGAUGGUCCGCAAACCCGCUCUGGAGCUCAUCAGCUACCUGAGAAACGCCAACUACUCCCAGCCGGCGGUCCGCUACGUCGUGUAUGGGAAGAGAGGAACCGGUAAAAGCCUGACGCUGUGUCACGUGUUACAUUACUGCCACCGGCAGGGCUGGCUGCUUCUGCACAUCCCGGACGCUCACAACCUGAUGAAGAACUGUAAGGAGCUCAUGACGUCUUCCUACAACAAGGACCGAUAUGACCAGCCGCUGGAAGCUUCCUCCUGGCUGAAGAACUUCAAAGCCUCCAAUGAGCAAUUCCUGAGGCAGAUCCAGACGCAGCAAAGGUACGUUUGGAGCAAACGGGAGGCUACGGAGAAGGGCAGGCCUUUGGGAGAGGUUGCCGACCAGGGCCUGACCAGAGUGAAGAGCGCCAGCGACGCGGUGGGCGUGAUUUUGAAGGAGUUGAAGCUGCAGAGCGGCAGUGGCAGCUUCCGUCUGCUGGUGUCUGUAGACGGAGUAAACGCCUUUUGGGGAAGAAGCACCUUAAGGAAAGAGGACAAAAGUAUGGUUUCUCCGGAGGAGCUCACCCUGGUCCAUAACCUCAGGAAGAUGGUGAAGAAUGACUGGACCGGGGGCGCUAUUGUCGCCAGCGUGACGCACACAGGGUCUCUCUUCAAGCCGAAGUCUGCCUACUUGCCUUUUGAGCUCCUGGGGAAGGAUGGAUUUGAAGCGUUGGAUCCGUUCGUACCCGUCCAAGUGCCCGACUACAGCGAAAAAGAGUUUGAGAGCUGCUACCGGUACUAUCUGGAGAGGAACUGGCUGCAGCACCCGCAAGCUCGCGCCGAGGCAGGAAAGAAGGAGAUCCUUUUUCUAAGCGAUUCCAACCCGCGGGAGCUGGAGAAAAUCUGUUCGUUCCUCUGAAGUCCUGCGAGGAGGAGACUGCCGUGGUCUGAGCUGUCCGCCGUGGUGUCGUUCGUGAGGAUGGCGUCGGCCUGUUUCCAGCGAUGUCUCGAAGCUGGCACUCCCUCCGUCUCUCCGGAGCCACUUUCUAUGUAAAGCAAUCGCCUUUUGUGACUUUAUAACAGGCUGAAGGUUACAGGGGAGCCUGCGUCCCCCGAUGUACGGAUUAAACUGUUCUUCGCCCGCUCCCCUUCUCCCGGCGGAGGUCACCGGUCAUCUCGGAGUCCGGCCUCGUCGUGUGCUCCGGGGUGAAGUCUUCAUGUUCUCUUUGGUUCAGCAAGAGUUAAACCAGUGAAUAAAUGUUUUUCCUAAA